CCUACAGACAGAUAAACACACGCUAAGUAGUAAAGGAGUGGUGAGCCCCUGUGACCACAAUACAUCCUGUGGAUUAUAAGGUGCUAUCUCACUUGAACUUAGAAGCAUUUUGCCCUGAACAUUGGAUAGAGCCAAGAUGAGGAAAAGGCAUUUCUCAGGGCUGGAGGUUAUCCUAAUGGUCAUGUUCGCAUUGAUGUCUGUGGCAGCCAUCACUCUCUUAGUUCUGUUUGUCACCGGAGAACCAGGGACCACUACAGAUGCAGGAUCUACUGAAGCAUUUGUUCCUCAGUGUCCCACCAUUCCUCUGGCUGAAAGAGUAGACUGUUACCCUGAUGCUGGAGCCUCAAAGGAACAAUGUGAGAAGCGUGGAUGUUGCUGGAGACCACUGGAUGAGAGAAAUGUCCCCUGGUGUUUCUUCCCAAACAACCAUGGAUACACAGUGGAGUCAGUGGAGAAACCAAAUGAUUAUGAAAUGACAGCCAAACUGAAGAGAAUGGACUCUCCGUCUUUAUUUGGGGCUGAUAUAAAAGAGCUGUCAUUUCACGCAGAAAUGCAGACAAACAAUCGACUCCGAUUUAAGAUCUUUGAUGCCCACAAGCCGAGGUUCGAGGUCCCCCAUGAGCAUGUCAGAAGCCUCAACAGUGCCCCUUCCAGCCCCAUCAGCGACAGGCUAGAGAUGAUAAAAAAACCCUUUGGCAUUAUUGUGCGCAGGAGGGAGAGCAAAGUAGUCCUGUUUGACACGACAAUGGCUCCACUGGUGUUUGAAGACCAGUACCUACAGCUGUCUGCUAGGCUUCCAUCCCAUAAUAUUUACGGUCUGGGAGAGCAUGUGCAUAGACAAUAUCGUCAUGACACAAACUGGAAAACCUGGCCCAUCUUCACCAGAGACGCUUUCCCUAAUGGGGGAACCCAUAACCUCUAUGGACAUUAUCCCUUCUUCCUCUGUCUGGAAGAUGCGAGCGGAAAGUCAUUCGGGGUAUUUCUCAUGAACAGCAAUGCUAUGGAGGUGACCUUGCAGCCUGCUCCUGCUGUGACUUACAGAACGAUUGGAGGAGUCCUUGACUUCUACAUUCUCUUUGGAGACACACCAGAGCAAGUGGUGCAGGAGUUCCUGGAGCUCAUUGGCAGGCCUGUCAUUCCUCCCUACUGGUCACUUGGUUUCCAGCUUUCUCGUUGGGACUACGGCAGCCUGAGUGAGGUCAAGAAAACAGUGGAGAGAAACCGCGCUGUGGAUCUCCCAUAUGAUAUUCAGUACACUGACAUCGACUACAUGGAGGAUAAGAAAGAUUUCACGUAUGACAAGGUCAAGUUCAGCGAGCUGCCUGACUUUGCCAACUAUCUUCAUGAGAAGGGACAGAGAUACAUCCUCAUCCUGGAUCCUGCAGUAGCUACCAGUAAGAGGCUCGGGAAUGCUCCGUAUGAGUCCUAUGACCGUGGGACUCUGAAAAACGCUUGGGUCACUGAAUCCGAUGGGACAACUCCACUGUUAGGAGAGGUGUGGCCAGGAGAGACUGUAUUUCCAGACUACACCAGCCAAAAUUGCAUCGACUGGUGGGUUGAUGAGUACGAGCGCUUCUCCAGGGAGAUCAAACACGAUGCCCUCUGGAUUGACAUGAACGAGGUGGCUAAUUUCAAGAAAGGUUCAAAUAAAGGCUGUGCCGUAAAUGACCUCAACUACCCACCCUACACUCCAAAGAUUCUGGAUGAGGUGAUGUACAGUAAGACACUAUGUAUGGAUGCCAAGCAGGCCUGGGGGAACCACUAUGAUGUCCACAGUCUGUAUGGCUACUCUAUGGUGCUGGCUACUGAAAAAGCUCUGCAGCGAGUGUUUGGAGGAAACCGUACCCUGAUGUUGACCCGCUCCUCCUUCCCAGGUGUUGGAAAAUAUUCGGGUCACUGGCUGGGGGACAAUGCUGCCAACUGGAACGACAUAAAAUGGGCCAUUCCUGGCAUGCUAGAGUUUGGACUCUUUGGGGUUCCCUAUAUCGGAGCCGACAUCUGUGGAUUCUUUGACGACUCCAGUGAAGAGUUAUGUCGUCGCUGGAUGCAGGUGGGAGCUUUCUACCCCUUCAGCCGGAACCACAACGCUCAGGGCUACAGGCCCCAGGAUCCUGCUGUGUUUGGCCCCGACUCAACGCUGGUGGCUAGCUCUAAGCAUUACCUGCAGAUACGUUACACACUUCUGCCUUACCUCUACACACUCUUCUACAAAGCCCACACCACGGGGGAGACUGUUGUACGUCCCGUCAUGCACGAGUUCUUCUCUGACAGCAACACCUGGACAGUGGAUCGCCAGUUCCUCUGGGGAAAACACCUGCUCAUCACACCAGUACUGGACCAGGGUGCAGACAGGGUGCGAGCAUAUGUGCCAGAUGCUCUGUGGUAUGACUAUGAAACGAUGGAACAACUGGCACACCGCAGAACACAUGUUGAUAUGUAUCUACCAGCUGACAAGCUUGGUUUACACAUCCGAGGUGGUGCAAUCCUCCCGACACAGAGACCUAAUGUCACCACCACAUACAGUCGACGUAACCCUAUGGGAUUGAUCGUUGCUCUUGAUGACAAUAACCAGGCAGCUGGGGAGCUAUUCUGGGAUGAUGGAGAUUCAAGAGACACAGUUAAAACAGGCAACCACAUCCACUACAAGUUCUCCACUAUGGAUGGAGUACUGACAAUGCAAGUGACCCAUGCUGGAUACAGGGACCCAAACAACCUGAAGUUUGAGAACAUUAACAUCCUUGGUGUGCCCCAUCCUCCCACAUCCGUCUCUGUGACUCAUGUUAACACAAGAACUCUAAGAAACUCUACCACCCCCUUACCAAACUCCAAAAUACAGUACAAUGGAGCCAAGAAGGUUUUAUUCCUGCAAGACCUCUCCAUGACUGUGGGGGAGACCUAUUUGGUGAAGUGGGAAGUGCUAAUGGAAGAGUACCAGCGCUUUGACUGCCAUCCAGAGGAGGAUGCAAAUGAGGCUAAGUGCAAGGCCAGAGGCUGCAUUUGGAAGCCAAGCUACAUGGAACGUGUUCCAUGGUGUUUCUACCCAGAAGACUAUGGAUACAUCGUAACGACGGCCACAAACACCUCCUCAGGCAUGACAGUUGAUAUCAGUCAGAACAAGAAGUACAGGAACAUUGGUCGCCCAGGUUCACCGGACAUUGACAAACUCCGCGUUGAGAUCCGUUACCACAGCCGUGACAUGCUACAGUUCAAGAUCUGGGACCCGGCUACAGAUCGUUAUGAGGUUCCAGUGCCGCUGACGGUUCCUGCUACUCCUGAAACUGAUGAGAGCAAAAGGCUUUACAAGGUCCUUAUUACGAACAAUCCAUUCGGAAUCCAGGUCAUAAGGAAAAGCACAGAAAAAGUAAUCUGGGACUCCUCUUUGCCAGGUUUUACAUUCUCAGACAUGUUCAUCCAAGUGUCUACUCGACUGGCAUCUAAAUAUGUGUACGGCUUUGGAGAGACUGAGCAUCCCACCUAUAAACACAACCUUAACUAUCACACUUGGGGUAUGUUCUCCAAAGACCAGCCGCCAGGCUACAAGAAGAAUUGCUAUGGAGUGCAUCCCUUCUAUAUGGGCCUUGAGAGCACUGCUGAUGCUCACGGUGUGCUGCUGCUAAACAGCAAUGCUAUGGAUGUGACUUUCCAGCCUACUCCAGCUAUAACCUACCGGACUCUGGGAGGCAUUCUGGAUUUCUACAUGGUGCUGGGACCUACACCUGAAAUGGUGGUGCAAGAGUACACUGCACUGAUUGGACGACCUGUUCUUCCUGCCUAUUGGUCCCUUGGGUUCCAGCUCUGUCGCUAUGGUUACGCCAAUGACCAGGAGAUAGCAGAUCUAUACCGUGACAUGAGGGCAGCGGGUAUACCCUAUGAUGUGCAGUAUGCAGAUAUUGACUACAUGGAUCGUCAGCUAAACUUUGUUCUGGACCCAGAGUUUAAGAAUCUGCCUACUCUGGUUGACAACAUGAGGGAAGAAGGCAUGAGGUUCAUUUUCAUUCUGGAUCCAGCCAUCUCAGGCAAUGAGACAGUUUAUUACCCUGCCUUUGUGAGAGGUGAAGCAGCAGAUGUCUUCAUCAAAUGGCCCAAAGACCUCAGUGAUGAAAUUGUGUGGGGGAAGGUCUGGCCAGAUUACCCCAAUGUCACAGUAGAUGAAAAUCUGGACUGGGAUUCCCAAGUAGUGCUAUACAGGGCAUACACCGCAUUCCCAGACUUCUUCCGCAAUACAACAGCAACAUGGUGGCGUCAAGAAAUCCAGGAUUUCUAUGACAACAUCACAAAGUUUGAUGGCCUCUGGAUUGACAUGAAUGAGCCUGCCAGUUUUGUCCAUGGCACUGUUGGCGAAAAAUGUCUUGGAGACCCACUUCUAGAGAACCCUCCUUAUAUGCCACCUCUGGAUUCUAAAGAACGUGGCUUAAACCAUAAGACUCUGUGCAUGAACAGCGAGCAGAUACUCAGUGAUGGAAAGAGAGUCAGACACUAUGAUGUCCACAACCUCUAUGGCUGGUCCCACACCAAGCCCACCUAUGACGCCCUGCUGAAUGUGACAGGUAAAAGAGGCAUAGUGGUGACCAGGUCCACUUACCCCUCUAGUGGAAAAUGGGCUGGACAUUGGCUGGGAGACAACACUGCCAGCUGGGACCAGCUUUACAAAUCCAUUAUAGGCAUGAUGGAGUUCAGUCUGUUUGGCAUCCCUUACACCGGGGCAGACAUAUGUGGGUUUUUUAAUAAGGCUGAAUAUGAGAUGUGCCUUCGCUGGAUGCAGCUGGGUGCCUUCUAUCCAUACUCACGCAACCACAACGGCAAGUAUAACGAGCGACAAGAUCCUGUCGCUUGGGAUGCUCCCUUCGCCAAGGCAUCCAAGGACGUCCUGAACAUCCGCUAUACUCUCCUGCCCUACCUGUACACACUGAUGUUUGAGGCUCACACCAAAGGAACCACAGUUGUCCGACCUCUGUUGCAUGAGUUUGCGAAUGAUAAAAAUACAUGGGAGAUCAACAGGCAAUUCCUCUGGGGACCUGCUCUGCUUAUCACUGCUGCACUCGACCUAGGCGUCAGCCAUGUGGAUGGCUAUGUUCCUGAUGCACGGUGGUAUGACUACCACACGGCCAGAGAUAUUGGACUGCGUCGCCAAAUGUUGAGUAUGCCCACACCAUUGGACCAUAUUAACCUUCAUAUCAGAGGAGGGUUUAUCUUACCCUGGCAGAAACCAGAAAACAAUACAUAUUAUAGUCGGAAGAAUCCUUUAGGACUGAUCGUUGCCCUGAGCGACGGUGGCACUGCUCAAGGGUCGUUCUUCUGGGACGACGGAGAAGGAAUAGACACAGUUGAGAAAAAACAAUAUCUGCUGACUACGUUCAAAGCACAAUCGAAAAAACUGUCCAGUCAGGUCGUUGACAAUGGCCUGGCUGCUGCUGACCGGUUGAUCCUCGGUGUGGUGAAGGUUUGGGGUGCAGGCAGCGUUAAGAUCACAGGGGUGACCCUAACAGAUGAAGCCGGAACACCGCAUGAAUUGACCCCGCAUCACAACACUGAGACUGAGGAGCUGAUUGUAGAUGCUACUUCAAAGUCUGUUUAUGUGGAUCUGCCUUUUACUAUAACAUGGAGGACCAGCGCCUGAUCAACAGUGAGCAGUUGUUGUGUUUUGUUCCU